UGAAGUUCGCCAGCCCCGUCUCCAGUGGCAGAGCUCGCCGCCCGCAGGAACCACGGAACUGACCCUCAGGGGCGGGCUGCGGGGAUCUGGCGCCCGGAACGCAGCGGGAUCUUUAACCUUGCCGGUCGACAGUGGCCGCGGGACACCAGGGAGGCGCUCUUGGAAGGACCGCUACCACUAAGAGAAAGGGAUCGAUUGGCGCCGGGCUGAAGAAGCAGCGACCAGAGGUUCGGAGCCCAGCACUUGCAGGAGAAAAGAGGUAGCAGCUGCUAUGAUCCAGGUGCUGGUGCUCCUGUUGCUGGCUGGGAAUGGAGCCACAGCCGCCAGCACUAAUCCUCGUCUGAAGCUCUCUUUCCAGGAUCUACGUAUGCGCCAUGGAUUGCGUACAUAUGAGCUGGAGCGCUCUUGUUGCUAUGACUCACUGCUGCUGGAUGAAGAGAGGGGACGACUUUUUGUAGGGGGGAAAAACUAUCUCGCCUCUCUGAGCCUGGACAACAUCAGCAAGCAGGACAAGAAGAUUUAUUGGCCAGCACUUGUAGAGUGGAGAGAAGAAUGUAACUGGGCCGGCAAAGACAUCAAUGCUGAGUGUAUGAACUUCAUCAAGAUUCUACACCUCUACAACCGCACCCACCUAUACGCCUGUGGCACUGGGGCCUUUCACCCCAUCUGUGGCUUUAUAGAAGUUGGGCAGCGUGUGGAGGACUCUGUUUUUAAACUGGAUCUCAGGAACGUGGAGGAUGGCAAAGGGAAGAGCCCCUAUGACCCACGCCACAUGGCUGCCUCAGUGCUUGUAGGUGAAGAGCUCUAUUCUGGUGUGGCUACUGACCUGAUGGGCCGUGAUUUCACAAUCUUCCGCAGUCUGGGUCCAAGGCCUUCUAUCCGUACAGAGCAGCAUGACUCUCGAUGGCUCAACGAGCCUAAGUUCAUUGAUGUCUUCUGGAUCCCGGAGAGUGAGAACCCUGAUGAUGACAAGAUUUUCUUCUUCUUCCGGGAAACCGCUGUGGAAGGAGCCCAAGGGUUGGGCAAGCCCACUUUUGCUCGCAUUGGCCAGAUUUGCCGGAAUGACAUGGGUGGGCAAAGAAGCCUAGUGAAUAAGUGGACAACAUUUCUGAAGGCCCGGCUAGUGUGUGCAGUAACAGGCAGUGAUGGGAGCCACACCCACUUUGACCAGCUCCGUGAUGUUUUCAUGUUGCCAACCAGGGACAAACGUAAUCCACUGAUCUAUGCUGUUUUCACAACUUCCAGCAGUGUUUUCAGAGGCUCGGCCAUCUGUGUUUAUCACAUGAAUGAUAUCCGCAGAGCUUUCCUGGGGCCUUUUGCCCACAAGGAGGGGCCCAACUAUCAAUGGGUGUCAUACCAAGGCCGGGUCCCUUAUCCUCGCCCAGGAAUGUGUCCCAGCAAAACCUUUGGCACGUUUAGUUCAACUAAGGAUUUCCCUGAUGAUGUGAUUCAGUUUGCCCGCAACCACCCACUCAUGUACAACCCAGUGUUGCCACAUGGCCAGCGCCCCAUUUUCCUGCAAACCAAUGUAGACUAUACCUUCACCCAGAUUGCAGUGGACCGAGUAGCUGCAGCUGAUGGCCAUUAUGAUGUCCUCUUCAUUGGCACAGACAUUGGUACAGUCCUGAAGGUGGUCUCUGUGCCCAAGGAGACCUGGGAAAAUAUGGAAGAGCUGCUGCUGGAAGAGUUACAGGUGUUUAAGGAUUCCUCUGCAGUUACCAGUAUGCAGAUCUCCUCCAAGCGGCAACAGCUCUACGUGGGCUCCAGGACUUCCAUUUCCCAGCUGCCCUUGCACCGCUGUGGCAUCUAUGGCAAAGCCUGUGCAGAAUGCUGCCUGGCUAGGGACCCCUACUGUGCCUGGGAUGGCACGACCUGCACUCGCUACAUGCAUAACACCAAACGGCGGUUCCGGCGUCAAGAUGUGAGGAAUGGGGACCCCAAUACAUUGUGUUCUGGAGAUCCACAGCGAAACAGUGUGCCUGAAAAGAAGGUUUAUGGAGUGGAAGGCAGCAGUGUCUUCCUGGAGUGCCUCCCUAAGUCAUUGCAGGCCAAGAUUUUAUGGACGUAUCAGAAAACCAGCAGUGCCAUGCAGAAGGAGGUGGUGCUGGAUGAACGAGUCAUGCAGAUGGAGCGGGGAAUCCUGUUGCGCAGCGUGCAGCGCAGAGACGCUGGACUCUACCGCUGCCUUGCUACAGAACACAGCUUCACACAGAAUUUGCUGCACCUUCGGCUUGAAGUGAUCGAUGCCCAGCAGGCUGAUUCUCUUUCCCUCUCCCGGGAAGAGGAAUCCAUCCCACCCUUCCGUCACAAACUCUGGUACCAGGACUUCCUGCAGCUUGUGGAUCACCCUAACCUCAGCACCAUGGACCAGGUAUGUGAGCAACUGUGGAACCGCCAGAGCCACCAUCCUAAGAAGAAGCCACCACUCCUCCCUCCACUGAGUGUCAAGGUCCAGAAUCAAAAGUGGAAGCCCCUUGGGGAAAAGCGAAAAGCCCGCAGCCGGAGAAUGCACGAAGUGUCUCGUGCUGAGCGAGAACCCCGGAGCGCUGGCGUCUGGUGACCCAUGGAGAAUAUGAACUGGACAACCUCUGUUCUGUCAGGAGGGGAGGGAAUGUUGGAAAAGGGGAGAGUGCAGAGUUCGGAAUCAUGCUUAGAUUCUGGGGUUGACUGAAGAUGGUUCCCUUCCACACAGGCCCGAUACUUCUGGCUGCUGCUUGUGUAGUUUGUAGGGGGAGUGUUGUUGCCAUAAUGAUUUUAGCUUCCAGUUUUUAGAACUGGGUGCUCAGCAACCUGACAGAAGUGGGAAAUUCUGCACCCCUUGGCCUUUGCCAUAAUGCACAACCAAAGAUGGGGGGCGGGUACCAAUCACCAAAUGAACUGAAAUGCAGGGGGGAAAGUUGGCUACAGUUCUUGCUUGCAAGGAUAUACACUGCUGGUCAUCAAAGAGCAAUCGUGAGGUUGGGGAACUCUCCAGCUCUGACACUUCCAAUAAUAACUUGGACAUCUUCCUCUGAAUAGAGCGGCUGCCUUAUGCAUCUUUCUGUAAUAAGUACAUUCCCUGCCUGGGACUCUCAAAAGGCAGGAUAUUAGCCCUCUUCUUCCCAUAGCCAAACCUACCCCAUCGGGUGUGCAUAAGUAUAGCAAUGUGCUCUCCACCUCCAGAGACUUAGCAGAACCACUGAUGUAUUUAUUAAUAGACUAUUUACUGAUGAAUGUAAACCUACCACCAGGUGAUCUGACAGGAUUUAGCCUCUGACUAGUGGGGGCAGGGCUGCUGCAGUCCUAUGGACUAUGGAUACAUUUCUGACAUUUCCUGGACAAGUGUACAUUAAGAUGUUGUAUGUGAGGAUAGCUAUGAUGACUACACAGGAAAUAGAUGAGAGACUGUGCAGUAUCUCCUGCUCCGUUUUAUCUGUCUUUUGCAUUAAUUUUGUCAGCCUCUCAGGGGUCAGAACAGUAUGGAGAAAAUCCGUGCUAUGAGCAGUGUGUGUGGGGGGAUAUCUUCCAGUUGUGGGAGGCCAAUGGGUACUGGGGAUGGAUAAGGGUCACUGGUAAAGCUGAGGCUAUGGCCUAGCCAUAGCCUAUUCAUCUGUAUAAAAUUACAUUGAAAUGUGCAGGGGACCAGCUACCCCUACUUAGAACCAGUUAUUGUAUCCCAUGGUUCUUGCUAAAUAGAGGACCACUAACCAAAUUGGGGUGGUAGGGAAAAAUCUGUUCUUGGGCCCAAGCUAGUAGCCAAAGACCACCUCUGGCAGAGGUUGAAAAGCCAGUCACAUGCUGGGGGGCUACAUAGAAACAGUCACUGAAUCUCAGCUCAUUUUGAACCUUCCAUUUUAGGAACUCCUGGUAAGGCAAUUUUUGAGAAGUGCCUAGCGUGGCCAUGUGGUGUGGCUAACCAUUUCUUGGACAUUUGGGGAACGCCUCAGCUCUCUGUGCUGCUUCAUAAAUUUGAAGGACAAAAGUUCUAGUAACAAAGGAUGCUCCAAGUUUUGGCCUGGUAGCAGCAAAACAUUCUUAUACUGGACUGGGGUGUGGGGAACAAGGAUCUGCCUGCAUCCUAUUCCAUGAUACGAAGCAUAAGAACAGUUUUACAGGCCUUGAGGACGGGGUAUGAUACCCACUCCAGCUGAAGGCAGGCUUUCAGUGAGGAAUGACAUGAGACUGGAGCCCAGAGUGUUCAUGAAACAAAUGGUUAUUCAAUAAAAGGGUAAUAACAACUAAACAAGUCCUUGUAGCCUGUCUGCCUCUGGGCUCCACGAUCCACAUGUGACAUUCUUAGGGAUUACCUGACUAAAUCACCCCAUCACUGAAGAAAGCCUGACAUGAUCAAAAAUGUUGUUAUCUUGAUCUCCAUCAGAAGUCUUAAUCUUGGCACUUUAUGGAAUGUUAACAAAUAGAAUAGUUCUCUGCUUUUAUCAUCCAUCUUUUAGGCCUCCAGGUUUAAAGUUUUACCUGUACAUUAACUACUUCGAACAACUCUCAGUUGCUCUAUACAUAGACUCUGCUUCAUUAUCAGUUUUUCAGUUAUGAACCAAGUUGAUUAUCUGAAACAGGACAAAUAUGAACAUAUAUUUCAUGUCUUUUUAAAAGAUUCUUUUGCAAUAACUGUAAACUACCCUGAGAGCUCUAUGAAGUUAUGUGACAAUGUAUAAGCUACCAAAUUAAAUAAAUCACGUGAUUUCAGAAUCUGUAGUCUACCCAUGGCUACCAGCCUGGAUAGUUAACAGAAAUCCUCAUGCUAACCUCUUGUUCCCAAAUGCUGGGCAACAAAGAACGGGGGAUUUUUCUCAGUAGACAAUAUCUGCUCACAUGGUAAAACUGUUCUUGGACUGUUUACUUUCGAUUGAUGUGGGAUUGCAUGAGUGUAUGUUGUCCUGUGUAAAAAUUCCCUAAACUCUAUAACUAGGUUUGCCAAAUUUUAUAAUUUUUAGCCAUUUCAAAAUGGUGUAUA